UGAAAAAUGGUUUAAGAUGAGGAUGUUUUUGUAUAGACGUCUAUAGAAGUUUGUGGGUUGUUGUUAUUUCUAAACUUGUUAAUUUUUUUUUCAAACAAGCGUAUAAAUUACGAAAUUUGCUCUUCAAAAUGUGUGUCAGUUAUGUUGAAAAUAUAUUGAGACCUCUUGAAAAAUUAUACAUUUGUUGCUAUGAAACGAAUGGUAAAUGACAACCAAUAUACUUAUUUUAAAGGCCGAUUCAAUGAAGUCAGUUAAACGACAUGCAAUAAGUGAAUUUUUAUUCAAAAGCCUACAUCUUCUAAAUACGUUGCCUACAAAACAGUGACAUCAUGCCUGAUAUCUCAUCAAACCGUGCCAUUUUAAAUUGUAUUUCUCUAUUGACCCUUUUUUAUGGUAAGUUUUUUGCAUUUCCUAAAGAGCGGCUCAUUGAGCUGAAACAAUUUGUGUAUGUUUAGUCGCACUGUUUAAACGUGUUAUAUCCUUAAUGGGAUUAAUUCAAGAGUUGGCACAAAUGUCACUUUUGUGGAACGCCAUUUUCUUUUUUUCUUGUAUAUAUAUAUUAAUGUAUGUAUUACAUUUUACUAAAAAUUAAAUUUUGAGUAUAAUUAUGUCCUUCUUUUAUGAAAGUUUUUGGAGUGCUUGCGGUGCCCGGGAUUCUUUUUGAGAAAAACUCAAACCGACCGUUCAGCAUUGUUCGGUUUGGACCACAGUGGAAGGGUUUAGGACUCAUCCAGUGCACUCUUAAAUGCUUAAGUCAGUACAAGUUCUGCAGCAGUUUUAUCUACAGAGAAGAUCAACGAGCCUGCGUCCCUGGUAAAUACUCGUUCUCGUGCAUUAGUUAAGUGGCCGAGCAAAUCUUUAUAACCGGCUUGUACUAAAGCGGCGUGCUUCGUCUGCUUAAAGACUACCGUAUAAUAUACAAAAAAAAAAUUUAAAAAAACUCCCCCCAACCCAGAGCCCGGUGGUUGAUCGAGUGUUCAUCAACGAAACCGUGUGUGUGUCCGACGCCUGGGAAUAAUCACGGCAGGUUCCCCGAGUCUUGUUGUGGUCGAAGACUGUGAACAGUGCGGAAUGCUCGCCCUUCAAAAAUCCACCAAGCUGCUUUGGUGGGAAAGUUCCCAUCAAGGUCUCGUUGCGUCGGAGAAUUUUUGUAUAAAGUUUGUUUGCAGUCGGGUAGUCCGCCCAGUUCAUGGAAAUCGGCGUUUAAUCAUCUGCGACACUCGGGUGAGCUAUUAUCAGGUCUGGCUGGCGAUGAUUUGUUCCGAUUUCUCAAGAGCUUUCAAUCCAAGCUAUAGCCAGCGUGGCGGUCUGAGAUCUAUUGAAGAUGUUGUCAACAUUAUCAAGGAUUCUACAAACAAUUUCUGAGUCUAGAGAGUCUAUCCCCUUCGCCUCAAGAGCAGAUGGUAUACAUUGAUCCCAAAAGGACAAAGUGUUAUAGACUACAGCGUGUUCGGACAUAGUAGGAUGUAUCUGUUGCAUGGCCAAAUAAAAUCUCUUCCAGCUCUGCGUCAAAGUUCAAUAUUUUUACACCGCUAUGUCAUGAACUCUCCUUUAUAGAAACAAUCCUCACACACACACAUGCAAAUACACACACAUACUCAUAACGCACUCUAUUUCGGUAGGGUUAGUAAUGAUAGAUGGUCUCAAAGGCAACAGCUCUCUCACUCUCUCUCUCUCCCUCUCUCUGGCCUUUUAGAGAGCUGUAAUUUUGGGACAGUGUGUCGACCAGUCAAAUCCGACUCUCAGGUUUUCCCUGUUGGGUCAUCCGUACUUCCUCGGGAUUUUUUUUUUGGGGGGGGGGUUGGGUGUUUGCAUUUAAGUUCACCGACCACAUCCACAAAGUAGGGUCGAAGAGCAGGCUUGUCCAUAUGCAUAGGGGGUGAGAAGGUUACAUGUUGAUUUAUAUAAAACUAAAGGAGAUGUAAUAAUCUGGGCCUUCUUUUUUGUGAAAUGUGUAUAUGUGUACACAAGAAUAUUGGAUAGGACUGAAUGAUAUGGAAGAAGAGUAGUUCAUUUCAUGAAGUGAAACAAUCACACAUCCCUUCUAUCUACUCUCAACAGGCUCAUGUCGAGUAAACGCCACCAUCAACUCACAAGUACCAUCGGGGACCAUGUACUACAACCGUGGUGUUUGUGAAAGAAACCACCGUUGUUUGCAGAUGAGAGAGGGGAAUGUCGUGUCAUGCGUGUGGUUCACAGAACGGCCACUUCCUUACAUCCAAGCGAAAGAGGAUUGCAAGUGUAAAAUAAAACUAAAAAAUUGAAAUCUUCAUUAAUAUUUUUCGAAUUAAAAUUUCCACCAAUAACCUUUCUUGAUAUAAUUUUAAAAGUGUAUUUUUUAACCCAUAAAACUCAUUUCGUUAUUUUCAAGGUUUUUUUUUUUUUUUAUAAAUUCUUUUUAAAUUUCAGUGUUUAACGGACAUCUGUAUACCAUUAAAUUUAAUGAAAAACUUGAAAUUUUGAAUAAAGUCCAACCUGUAACAAAACAAGAAUAUUGGAUAGGACUGAAUGAUAUGGAAGAAGAGAAUGUCUUCAGAUGGGUGGACGAUGAUGAAAUAAUGUCUCCGGAGCAACGUGAUUACCUUUUCAAGUCAAGUGAGUCUGUAAGUGUGAUUUUUGUUGUAUAAAUGUUGAAUAUAGCGUCGUGCAAGCAGCAUGCCAAUAGAGUGGGAGAAAACAGACCUUCACAGAGAGAAACGGGAAAAGAAAUAAAAGAAUAGAACAGACAACAAUUUACAAAUCAUACUCCAUGUACAUAACUGUGCAGGCACCACAUAACUGUGCAGGCACCACAUAACUGUGCAAGCACCACAUAACUGUGCAAGCACCACAUAACUGUGCAGGCACCACAAGGAGCAAACAAGUCAAAUGAAUAAAAUCCCUAAAAACUUACAAUCAUUCCAAACGUUGCUUCUUAAAAUCGUAAAGAAAGAAACUUUUCAACUUUUUUUUUUUCCUUUAACACAAGUUUAGAAUAUUUCCAAAGUCCGUAUAAAAAAAACUCGUCAAUCUGGAAAAUUGCAGUAUUGUAACAACUGACAAUUCUUUUGAACGCAUGCCCCUUUCAGAUCAACCGGACGAUGCUUACCAUGACGAGGAUUGUUUUCUAUACGACGGGACAGCUCAACUUUUCAACCACCGCGAUUGUAUUGAAGCCAAGCCAUACAUUUGUGAACUCAAUUAACCAUCACCAAGUAUUUAGGUCUUCAAUUUUUCAAUUGACGUAUUCUGCUUAAAUUUAUCAAAUCAGAUUGUUCGAUAGAGAUUCGUAUCCAAUAAAUGUAUUAAAAAUAUAAAAUAUUUUGUGACCAAUGUCAAUAUUAUUCUAGUGAUUAGAAAUGGUAUUGGUAUUUAUUGUGUCUGUUCC